AUGACGCUGCCACCUACUGAGUACGGUGCGUUGACGACGCAAUUCAUGCCGGCUGCAAAUUGUUCGGCUCGAUGGGUAAACUAUGAAGAAACCAAUGCACUUCUUCAAUGGGGUGUGAAAUGCACCCCGAUGGGUACAGGCAAAAGUGCCUCGUGCAAGACGACGAUGGACCCUGUGUGCUUUCCAGAGGCGAUGCAGACUUCUCGUGCGAAUCAUGUUUUUUCUCCUGGAGUCUCAUGCCCUAAAGGCUGGACGUCAGUGCAUACCUCUACAUAUAAGGAGCGAGGCGAGAUAGGCUUGGACGGUGUGACUGCGACCUUGGGUGUCGGUCAGGUUGCCACAGUUUGUUGUCCCAUUAAUUAUGGAUUCGCAUCACACGGCUGUAACAUGAACACGACAACAGUUAUGCCACGGGAACAAAUUAUUACGACUGGAUCGACAUGCGCCGUGACGACCGCGGGCGCGUUUUCCAACGGGAUCAGCACAAACGCUACUGGCGCGACAGGGGGAAUCGCGAAGACUGCUACAUUCUCUGCCACUCCAAUUAUUUUGGUUGCAGAACUAAAUAAAACGAGUGAGAGCUCAGGUUCCUCGGGUCUAUCUAGUGGAGUCAAAAUCGCGAUUGGGGUGUGUGUCCCGGUUGGUAUCCUGAUUAUUGCCGCUGCGGUUUUCAUUUGGUGGCAUAGGCGCAAUAAGAGAAGAAGAGCAGAGAAAUCUUCCGAUCCUUCUACUGCGCGUAAUGAUUCUUCUGGGAAAGAUGUGGAUGAGGAAGGACCAAUAUUUCCUGGUCCUGAGUUGGCGGGAAAUGAACCAAUGUACCACAGGUCUGAAUUGGAGACGCAGGAGCGACCCGUUGAACUUCCUAAUGAGCGAAGCCCUUCUACACCGCAAGCUGAGCUACCUGGGGAUUUUGGAGAGAUUUUGGCAAAGAAAAAUAUAGAAGAGGAGCUCAAGGGGAUUGUCGAAAAUACUGUCUCUCUGUCAGCAAAAGAACCUGUUUAA